GUACAGAGGAGCUUACACUCUAAUGUCCCCUCCCCCACAGUCCCAUCAAUCUCUGCACCAGAGGAGCUUACACUCUAUUGUCCCCUCACAUCCCAUCAGUCUCUGUACAGAGGAGCUUACGCUCUAAUGUCCCCUCCCCCACAGUCGCAUCAGUCUCUGUACCAGAGGAGCUUACACUCUAAUGUCCCCUCCCCCACAGUCACAUCAGUCUCUGCACCAGAGGAGCUUACGCUCUAAUGCCCCCUCCCCCACAGUCACAUCAGUCUCUGUACCAGAGGAGCUUACACUCUAAUGUCCCCUCCCCCGCAGUCCCAUCAGUCUCUGUACAGAGGA